GGUUUGGAUUCCUACGAAAUGGAGACUACUGAAGGAGGAAAGAUUUUUUUUUCUAUGGAUUAUCCAAUAGGAGCUAUAGUUGUGCCGUGUGAAUCAGAGUUUACUUUUCAAUGUGAUUUGCAGAAAACUAAUUUUCCUUUCAUCGACAGCCUUAACCAUUUCGAAUUUCUUAAGGCGGUGGAAUUCAUCGUCUUUAGUAGACAUCGAUUGUUGACGUCUGAUUCGCCUAAAAUCAAUGAUGAGUUGAUAAUCGCCACAAAUUAUGGCUUUCCAACUACAGUGACAGUCAACAGUCAAACCUAUUUUUCUUUGCAUGGCAAUCAACGCGAAACGAUAGUAAUAAGUGACACACGCCCUAUGCACGUUAGAGCUAACAAUCUUAUUGAUUGCUACUAUCUGAUCAAGGGCAAUGAUUGUACGUCAAGCAUGGCUUUAGCUUGGCUAAUUCCCGUUGAAUUGUUCUACUUCAGCUACGUGUUCAGCGUACCCUUUCCGUACAAUUCAACUACUAGACACAUGGGCUCUUAUCUUAUAAUGAUAGCCGAUAAAGAUACAUAUUCAACUAUUUUACUUGACGAUAAGAACGCUCUAAACUACAGAGCUCUAGUAUCGGAUGUCAAUCAUACCCCGUAUCAAGUUCGAUACUUGCGAAUCCCACCAGGUUGGCAUUCUGCUUACUCCACAAAUCUCAGUAACUUCGGUCUGUACGUGUUUGGUUGGAAAGAUAAGGGUGCAUAUCUACAUGUUGUUGGUUAUGCUUAUGGUAACAACGUCAGGGCGACAAAUCGGGAAAUAGCCGUGGAUGGUGGAUGGGGUCAAUGGGGACUGACAGAGUGUGACGGGUGCAAUGACACAUAUUCUACACGAAUGCGCUUGUGUGAAAAUCUAGCACCAAAACAUGAAGGGAUGAAUUGUGUAGGGCAUGAUAAGGAAAGCUUCAACACUUUGUGCCAUACCUGUGACAUUAAUUCCUGUCCUGUUGGAUUAUACGGCAGCAAUUGCAACCAACAAUGUGGUUACUGUGUUGGUGAUGGUGCAUGCGACGUCAGGUCUGGGAAUUGUGAGCUGUGUUCCAAUGGUUGGAUCGGGGAUAAAUGUUGGACGUCUUGCCCAAAAUGGACAUACGGCCACCACUGUAAAUACUCAUGUAAAGAAAAGUGUAAUGGACAAGACUGCAUUGAAAGAGAACAGGGAAUGUGUCCAUCAGUAUACGAAGUUGCAACAUCAGCUUUGGUGUACUACGUUCUACUCUUUCUUCUCGUCGGCUCCAUUUGUGUGGUAUAUUUGUAUAGAAAAUCGGGCGGAAAGCAGCCAAAAAGGGCAGAUGUUGUUAUUACAGUAAAACGUGUGUCUUCUAAGGAAUACACAGUCACUAAACGAGUCAAUACAGAUGUUUGAUUACUGUGUACAGCGAACUGUGCAUUGAUAAG